AUCGCGGAAACGUUUAAAAAACUAUUAAAAUUGUCUUCGAUAAGACGAUAAAAAUGUAUUCGAUUAAUUCUAUGCGUAUUUCAGGCACUGUCUUGGCACCUGUUGUAUGGUACUGCUCGUGCGUUUGUAUCUACGAGUGAAUUGCGUAAGCACCUAUGUAAACAUUAAAAAUUCAUAAAAACACAGUAAUCCAUCAGUCGUCAGGUGAUUCACAAAACUUUUAAACACAAUCUGCUUAUUGUUCAGCGAUUUAUUCACAUAAAUAAAAAAUGAACGUAUAGCUAAGAAAUUAUUUUGAACGAUUUUUCUUCGCAUAUUUCGUGUGAUUUUCAAAGUAAUACCUACCUAGUGAUAAAGAAUAGACUAUCUUUAUGGUUAAUGAUCACCAAUGCAGAGUAUUCAUUCAACUAUGAAGUCCUUACGAAGUUUAUUCGUCAUUUUAUCAAUUUUUUUACUCAUCGAAGAAACAAUCUCAACGAAAGAAGUUUUCGUACCCAGAGAUGGUAUAAAAGAUCCAUUGGCUAUAAUACGAGUAUUUAAGGGAGAGUCGUAUUCGUGGGAACUCGCUAUUCCUCAUGCUACAGACGAUGUUAGACUGGCAGGGUAUUAUUACAACAACAAGCACGACGAAAACGGACGAAGAGAUUACUUCUUUAUCGCAUGUGCUGUCUCUCGCGAUAAUGAGGAUAUAGAAAAGUGGAGGGAAACUGACGAGUCUUUCAAAGAAAGCAUCGUGUUUAGAACUGUGGAUUACGAAGGCCCAGAUACAAAGUGCACUGAAAAGUCAACCCCAUCGAUCCAAAAAUUAAAACUGACAGAUAAUAUGAAUAAUCCGAUGUACUGCGGAAAACCAGACGCAGAGCUUUACGAAGUUGGAUUUCCGGUAUUGGUGAGCGUAGAAGGCCCGACUGCUGAAUUCAUGUCUCUUUACAAAAUAUGUCAUUCCAAAGCGGAAGGCGUAGGAACGCUAUACACAAUUCACAAAAUAGUAUCACCAGAUUUACUGCUAUUGGAAAAGAGAACGUGGGGUACACCUAGAAUAAUGCAUGCGUUCAAAUCUUACUUGGAUGAAGAUCUUCAUAGCGUACAAAAAUUCUACACCGAGACCAAGAGCUACGUUUACCGAUUCGUUGGUCCAUACUUUAUGCCAACAAAGAUUUGGGAAGAGACAACGAGGUUUCCUUUUAAUUUCACACCCGUUAAACACGACAGUAUAUUCAGUGGAUUGCUUAGAUUUGACAAGUUCAUCCAAGUAUUCAGUAAGAAAAACAACACUCCUUUGACAGUGUAUUCGGGUACUUAUGAAAAAACAGUCGCGAUCCCUUAUACUGAGUGGUGUGGCUUGAAGAAAUGUUCCGAAGAUGUGUCAAUUGGAUUGUUUUGGAGGAUACUUGUCGACUCUAGAGACUAUGCUAUCGUCAUAGUAACCCAACUUACGCAGAUCGACUGCGAAUUCACUGAAAACAUAUUAUGUCAAGAUGACAAUUCCCGUCUCAUGUUGGAGCGUUAUGGAAAAGGUGGAAAAGGUGGUUGUAUGUACAAGUGCCCUGCGACAGACAGGAUGAUUGAAGAAUUAGGCUUACCAGCGACCCAAUUAGGAUUGAAGCACAAAGGAGUUUUAUCUUUACGUGUACCAAAGAUGAAACCGAAAAACCAAGGAACUGGAGGUGCAUCAGAUGCAGGGGCACAAUCUCACACUGAAUACGUUGAUGUGAGUGCUUUCAUGGGAGAUGGUGCAGCUUUCGCUGCUGCUGUGAUAGCUGUUGACGGAUUUGGAGGUCUUGCAUCAAUUAUGGAUAUGGAUGCAGGUGAUGCCGGAGGAGGUUACGGUCACAGUGAAGGGGGUAAUAACGAUGGUCCUGGAGAGGGAGGUGCAGGUGGUCCUGGAGAGUGAGGUUUUGCAGGAGAAGAAGCUGGUUGAGAAGAAGAAUGAAGAGCUUAAAAAAUAUUUACUUUUUUUUGCAACUAAAGUGAUCCAAAGGCAAACAUAUCAAAAUGUUACCUAAUUGAGUUGGCAAGCUGAAAUUUAGCAUUUUUUCUCUGUGUUUUGUGUCUCUUCACUCCCCCUUCUUAAAAUCAGUUUCAUCAAAAUCUUAUCCAAUUAAGUUAAUUGCUAUAAUAUAGUAUGUUAUAUUGUACCACACUUUCACCAGUUUUCAAAUUUUGUAGAUCAACUAGAGGAGGUUUUGAGUCAUUCUAGAACCUCCAGCCACAUUUUCAGAAUUCCAAUUCAUCAAAAAAAAGUUCUCCAAGAAAGCUGUAAUUUAAUCGAUGCGUUUUUCCCGCAAUUCUGGAUCUUGCAGCAACAUUUUGAAACUUCCAAUAUUCUGAAGAAAAAAAAAAUGCCAUAAAGUCGGUACAAAUAAAUGCUUGUUAGCUCAUUUAGGCACAACUUUGUUUUGUUAGUCUUUGCAGUUUGCAGUUUCAAAUUCCUCAAAACAGUCAAAGCUCAAAAAUUGAAUUUCGGCACAAGAAAUUUUGGCCAAUUUUUCUACCGGUUUUAAUUUUUUUGUCUAUGCAAAUAUACACACACAACGCCAUAUACCUACAAUUUAAUUAGGUAUGAAAUGUAUGUAUCUAUGCUCGUACGUAUGGACAUUAUUUAAACAUCAUGUAUAAACUGAUAAAAUGCUCAUUCCGUGGUCAAAUAAAUUUUUUAAAAAAGAAUCACCCUGCUAUGUAAAAUAAUUCUAUGAUUUUAAUCACUACAACAAUAAACAAUACCUACACCAUGAACUGCAGAAUUGUGAUUUAUUUUAUAUU